GACUCACUAUAAAACAGGGUGAUGCAACGCUCCAUCGACAACUGUAGCUUUCUUAACAGACAGAAGAGCCUUACAACCAGGAGCAGAAUAAAGGCCUUUCAACGUCUAACACAAUUUCUUCACUGAAAACAUAAUCAGUUUUUCAUAAUGAUGCUUCAGCAUCCGGGAUUCAGCCUGUCCGACAUCAGCGCGUCAGCCUUGGUACCCUGCCUGUCCCCGCCUGGAACACUCACGCUCGAGGACUUCACCAACUUCACUCCCCUGGUAAAGGAGGAGUUGAGAUACGCUAUCCAGAACAAGCGGCUGUCCAACGGACUGAGCACCGAUAUGAGCGACUGUGUGAGCUCAAGUUCAGACAGAACGUCUGAAGCUCCAAGUGUCAAGAGGGAGGAAACCCCAGAGGAAAGUGAGAGGAGGAAAAGAAGACGAGAAAGAAACAAAGUAGCUGCUGCCAAAUGUAGGAAUAAGAAGAAGGAGACAACUGACUGUCUUCAAAAGGAGUCUGAGAAACUAGAGUCAGUGAACUCUGAGCUGAAGGCCCUGAUUGAGGAGCUGAAGAACCAGAAGCAGCAGCUGGUCUACAUGCUGAACCUCCACCGGCCCACCUGCAUCGUACGGGCCCAGAACGGCCAGACCCCCGAGGAUGAGAGGAACCUGUUCAUCCAGCAGAUCAAGGAGGGUACCCUGCAGAUGGGACAGCUGGACCACCUCCACACCUCAGUGCCAACCACCUGUGGCCAUCACUGAUCCACACACUCCUGGGGGUAGUAGGGUACUACUCACUCACUCAGACAGACACUCACCGUCCUCUGGCAACUGUAUUGCACCUGCGUCAAGUGAAGGCUCUGUCGGGCCGGCAAAGCAAAGGAGCUUUGCGCGUCCCACUUCUAAACUAUGUGACUUAUGGGAUGGUGAAAAGAGAAAAGAGUGGACUGGACAGGACAAGGACGGACACCCUGUGUGCUACCUAGGGUAGGCUUGGGGUGUUCCGGCAAGUCGGGCGAAUGUCAAAGCACUAAAACAUAGAAAUACAUCCAAUGUGUUUAUUGUUUCCUUAAAUCUUUAACAUUGUUAUUCGAGGUUGAUGACUCAUUCUCUGUUUUUGUAUGAAAGCAUUAUGCCAAUAUAGUAAAGGCACAUGAUUUCACUGGUCAGUUGAGAUAGAUGCUUGUUGAGGAAAAAUACUUCUUGUUAUGACACACGAUUAAAGUGGAGAGAUAGUAAUAGCUGUGUGCUGUGUGACAUUAAUAGCUGUGUUAUUACUGUCAUAUAAGAGAAGAGGUUAUAGCUAGAAUGAAAGGCUCUUAUACAUUGUAUGAAGUGUUUGCUGUUGUGUUUAUUGAAUAUAUUCGGUAUUAGCUGUGUCUAUAGCUCACUUUCUUCCCCUUGACUUGCCUAACAAAAACCUCUGAAGCUGCUACUACUAACUCAGGAUAUACAGGUAUAGUUCAUAUCACAGGAACCCUCAUGUUAUAGGACAGUAAAGGGAGUGCAUGCAAUGACGAUUCACUUAGACAGCAUUUCAUCUAACUUACUGACAGACAAUGGCACUGUUAGCCCCGGACCUCCCUUAAUGAAAAUCAGUCAUUACAUCUCUGUAAACUGGUGUAUUCUGAAUAGGCCCUGAUUUCAUAGUGACCUGUAGUAUUUUCUCUUAAGUGUUGAAGAUAUGGUUGUGUGAUUCAUAUUAGAUUUUCUUCACCUAGAUAAAAGUGUGUAGUUACUGUAUACCAUAUAUGUAAACCAACUAACACCUCCUAUUGUCUUGUAUGUAUUAUUGAAGCUUAUAAAAUAGAACCACUAGGUAUCAGUAGCUAGAUGUCUAAGUGGAAUUAUUUAGCACUCUUCUUGUCUGAAGGUUUCACUUUAAAGUCAUGGAAGAUUACAUGAAUUGCCUCAGUGUUCGUCUGCAAUUACCAAAUCCUUAAGCCCACUGCCAAACCAGCCCCCCUCCCAUCAGUCCACAGGUUGUGCUGUGACAUCAUCACAAUACAGUUGCGCAACCAGAAACUCUGGUUAGCCUCAUUGCUCAAACAACACAUUUUUACGAUCAAUGGAAGCUUUUGUCUGUAUAUUCUGUAAUGUCUCAAAAUAAUACAUGUGUGGUUUAUGGUAAGGGACUGUUUAUUUGGGUUGGUUUGUGAGUAAACGGUUGAGAGGAAUACAGUGAAAGAGACGCAGGCGUCCAUGUGUUUUGUUUUUGUGUAGUUCAGUGUUUCAUGUUCAAACAGGCAUGCUAGUCAUGGAUGGGGUUACUACUGAGAUAAUUAAUUUGAUGGAUGACACGCCUGUUUUAUGUACUUCAAUACCUUUCUUGCUUUUCUAUUCCACCAUCCAUUUUUUUGUCUCACUUAAACAUUGCUCACUAAAAAGUAUUAUUAAAUGUGUCUGAGUGGAUGUGAAAGAUCAAAUUGUAUCAAGUCAGGUAAAACCUCACGUUGAAACAAAUUAUGUACUCAUGUCUAUUUAGUUUUUGAUACUUCGUUAAUAAAGAUAUAUAUACUUCAA